AAUCAAUAUUUACCAUUUCAAUUAAAUGUAUAUUAGAUAAAAGGAUUGAAGAAAUGAAUAGAUAUAUAAAUGCUUCAAUAUCGAUGCUCAUUUCAUGAUAUUUCAACCGAUUGAUUUUCGCACAUUGAAAUGGCAGACGUCGAAGACAUGUUAACAAUAUAAACAUGGCAAGUGAAUGGUAUUUUGAAUAAUUCGUAUUGAAUAAACAUGAUAAGAUUUAAGUUAUUAAAAUGUGGUAUGCAGCCGUCGUGCGAUUCAUCAGACGUAGAAUAGUUUUAGGUAUAAUAUUCAGCAUCUCGCUGCUCUACUGCCUCUUCAGUUUCAUCGGAAAGACAGAAUUCCUGGACAGCGACGAAGUUGUAUCAGUGAAACGAACGCAGCCUUUCAUAUGGAGAACCCUGCAGCAGCACAACUCCACAGCUGAUGGGGAGUUUGUGUGUAGAAAUUCUGUGCAGGGAAAAGUACUCAUAGUUGAUGAUCGGGGUUACGUUUGCCCGAGAAGCGAGAUAUUACCAGCAGGAUGCUGCAAUGAUAAUCUCUCAUCAUCCAUACAGUAUUCCUGUGAAACUUGUAAAAACAAUAAUUGCUGUGCUAUAUAUGAGUAUUGCAUUUCCUGCUGCUUGCAUCCUGAUAAGCGAAAUAUGUUGGAAAAUGUAUUGGGAAAAGCGUCGGAGCAGAAUAACGUGCUGUUUGCAUCCGUAACAGACCACUUCGAAUUGUGCCUUGCCAAAUGCCGGACCAACUCGCAGAGCGUCCAACACGAGAACUCCUAUAAAGACCCGAAGGCUAAACACUGCUACGGCGAGACGGCCCCGGGGAUGAACAAUGUGGAUAACGAGACCUGAAGAACAUUGCUAUUUUUAUUAUAUACACUCACAAAAACAACCAACGAACUUGCAAACAACACACACACACACUUCCACUCACCAAAGUAUCUCCAGUGAAAUUUAUUUUUUAAGUAUGUUAUAAGGAAGGUAAAUCAAUUAAAAAUGUCCCCACUAACAUAUUUCUA